AUGGGAAAACUGGUUGCAAGAACUGCAUUUUAUUCUUCUUUUUUCCUUUUCCUGUUAAAUACUGUAGCAGGUGGUCGUUCUUUGCAGCAUGAACAGCAGGUUUCAGACGGUAGACAUGAUCAUGAAGCUGUAUCAACCUUUCUUCUGAAUAUAAAAGAAACAAGUGAUGAUUCAGAAGAGAAUUGCGAGCAGAUGUAUGGAUUUCUGCCAUGUUCAAGAAAUCUUCCAGGUCAUCUGUUUCUGAUUGUGGUAUACGAGUAUCUGUUAUAUCAUGGCGAAUCAUAUGCCGGUGGUGAUGGCCGGAUUUUCGGUGUUCUCGGCAAUAAUUUCUUCGGUGCAAGUGUUUUCCAGCUUCUUGAUUCGCUACCGGAUUCUCUAAUCCUUCUUGCAUCCGGGCUAACGACUAGUACAGAAAAAGCUCAAGAUUAUGUUGUAACGGGUGCUGGGUUGCUAGCUGGAUCGUCAAUACUACUUCUCACCGUUCUAUGGGGCAUAUGCUUCAUCUGUGGCAGAACAAAAUUCUACGUAAAACCUGGUUCUAAACCCCGAAAUCAAGCAUUUCAACUAUUAACCGGUUCUGGUGUUGUUACAGAUGCAGAAACAAGUUAUCAUGCCAAAGUUAUGUUCUUUUCGCUCAUACCGUUUCUAGUCAUCCUACUACCGAGUGUAUUCGGUUUAUCGUAUUCUAGUCAAGAAUACAAAACCGUCAUUCUUGUGUCACUUUCUGCUGCGGUUAUUUGUUUAUUCGCGUACUUCUACUAUCAGAUAUUUGAUGACCGGAUUCAGAAUAGAAGACUUGAGUAUGCAGAAGUCGAACGAAAAAUUGAAUUGCACGUACCGUUUUAUGAAGUACAAGCACUUAUGCUGGAUAGGGAAAAACAUCUGCUGAUUAGGCAAAAAGAUAUGGAGAAAACAUUGAAAUAUCCCGAGAAUAACGAUGAUAGAACAAUGACAAGGGGAGAAUUCUACGACACGUUCGAAGAAUGGCUUGAUGUCACAAGAAUAUUGAUCGAUGAUCCGUAUUCAUUGGAUAAAUCAGGGACGGAAUACAAUCAGGUUGCAAAGUCGUUGCUCGAAGAUAAGAACAAGUUGAUCGAGCAUAUUUCUCUUAUGAUGGAACGUGCUUCGGGUCAAAAAUUGCUUAAAGAAAAUGGAGCACGAGAUGAAUCCGCCAUCGAUAGGUUCUUCGAACGCAUUGAUUCCAACCACGAUGGAUUUAUCACGCAAUCCGAAUUGAAAAACUUCAUCAUGGAAGUCAACUACGAGGAGAUAGUACUAAUGGAAGACGAGAUAGCAGAUAUCAUAAUUCGACAUUUAGAUAUCGAUGGAAAUGGAGACAUCGAUAAACAUGAAUUCAAAUCCGGGGUUAUGAGAUGGCUCAAGGAGAUCGAUCAUCUAGCUUCACGAAAACAUAAGCUUCAACGCAACCAAGAAACCGACAAGUACCAACGAGCGGAAGCAAAGGCAAAGGCAGCGGAAAAGCUAACGGCAAUAACACUAUUGAUAGUCGGGAUCUUUAUGCUAACGGUCUUGGCUGAGCCGCUGGUAGAAAGUGUUCGAAAAUUUUCAGAAUCCGUAAGGAUAAAGACUUUUUACGUGUCGUUCAUCUUAGUCCCCUUGGCUACAAAUGCUAGAACAGCCAUCGCAGCCAUUCGAGCAGCGAGUCAAAAGAGACAUCAAACGACAUCUUUAACUUUUUCCGAGAUAUACCACAAGGUGUUCAUGAACAACAUCUUGGGUUUUUCUGUUCUUGUCUCGGUCAUAUACUUUCGCGGCUUGACAUGGCAUUUCUCGGCCGAGAUUCUAGUUGUGAUCAUCGUUUGCGUCGUAAUGGGGAUUCUCGCAAGUUCUAGAUCCAAGUUUCCAAAUUGGACACUGUUCGUCGCAUUCCCUCUCUAUCCGCUAUCUUUGGUUGUGGUUUACUUUGUUGACGAUACUUUUCGGAUUACUUGAAGCUUGCACCACGAUUGGCGUAAAGCAUCAGUGUGCCAUUUGAUCGACUUAGAGAUUGGUUACACUAGCAUGGAGACAGUUCCAAACUUAGAGAUUGGUCCAUGAAUAACGCGUCCGUUAACUCUUGCAUCUGCUUCACGUCACAUUAUUCUGGACGACUCGGAUUUAUGUAAUAAUUCACCAUGUACACCAAGUGAAUUAACAUGUUAUCGUUAAUUCAUCGCAUAGCGCAUGAAUGUAACAUUUAAAUUUAAGAC